ACCUGCGUAAUUAACAUGGGAUCCAUUUUUCGACUGGCCACCGUCAACAUGGCGACAUUGUUGUGUGUUUGGAUGCUGUUGAUGUCCGUCUUGCGGACGUCAUCGACGCCGCUACCUGGCCAACCGUUCGAUUUGACUAUUUUGCACAUCAACGACAUUCACUGUCGAUUCGAAGAGGCCAACAAAUUCGGCGGCGCCUGCACGCCGCAAGACUCGGCCAAUGGCAAAUGUUUCGGCGGCUACGCCCGUCUCGUCCACCAGGCCCGGCACAUCCGCAAUCAACGGUCCAACACCAUUUUCCUCAGCGCUGGCGAUUUUUUCCAGGGCACAAUCUGGUACACCAUCCACAAAUGGAAGGCCGUCAGCCACUUUGGUAACCUGCUCAACUUAACAGCAAUGUCUCUUGGCAAUCACGAAUUCGAUGAUGGUGUCGACGGACUGUUGCCAUUCGUCGAAGCUGCUAACCAUCCGGUGAUUGCGGCUAAUAUCGACACGAGCGCUGAACCGAGACUCGAUGGCAAAAUUCCCAAAUCGAAAGUCGUUGAAAUCGACGGACGUAAGAUCGGAAUCAUCGGCUACUUGACACGCGAAACGAUGUUCAUCUCCAGCCCUGAGGGCGUUAAAAUCACCGAUGAAGUCGAAGGCGUCCGUCAAGAAGCCGAGCGUCUCAAAAAGGACGGGGUCAACAUUCUGAUUGCAGUUGGACACGCCGGCUUCCCCAAAGAUAUCGAGAUCGCCCAACACGUUCCCGAUAUCGACGUCGUGGUCGGCGGCCACACCAACACAUUCCUCUGGAACGGUCCGGCUCCAUCGACUGAAGAGCCAGAGGGACCGUAUCCGACGCUAGUUAGCCAACCAUCCGGUAGGACUGUACCCGUCGUUCAGGCUUUCGCAUUCGGCAAAUACUUGGGCAACUUGAUGGUGACUUUUAACGAUGAUGGAGAGGUGAUCGCUACCGCCGGUCUUCCCAUUCUUAUGGACAAGAGCAUUCCAAGAGAUCCGCAUGUCGUGCAGCAAUUGAUUCCAUACAGGGAAGAGGUCGACGCUUUGUCUGAACAGGAAGUGGGCAAGACGUUAGUCUUCCUAGAUGGCACUCGACUCUCCUGUAGGAUGUCUGAGUGCAAUCUAGGCAAUCUGAUUGCCGACGCUUACGUUCAUUUGUUCACCAAAUUCGCUGGACCUGGACAAUGGAGCAAAGUGGCCAUGGCCCUUGUUAAUAGCGGAGCCAUUCGUUCAUCGAUCGACGAACGUGCCCGCAAUGGAUCCAUCACGUACGGAAAUCUUUUGUCGGUGGCGCCAUUUCCCAAUACGGUGGACGUCAUUAAAAUUAACGGCGAUACGCUGAAAAAAGUGCUGGAAUUUUCCGUUCAAGAUUACGAUCGUUUCGCUUUAGACCCGUCAGGUGGUUUCUUACAAGUUUCAGGUAUCAACGUUGUCUACGACGUAUCAAGACCCAAGGGUGACAGAGUGGUCGAAUUAUUGGCACGCUGCAAUAAUUGCCGCAUGCCCGCUUAUCAUCCAGUCGAGCCAGAAGCCGUUUAUGAUGUGGCCGUGUCCAGUUAUUUGGCCGGUGGUGGCGAUGGCUACGCCUUUCUUAAAGGCAACAUCAUCGAGCACACGUUAACAGGUAUGUUGGAUGCUGAUACGAUUAUCAGUUACAUGGCCAAAAUGACGCCCAUCACGGCCGGUCUGGAACGUCGCAUUGUCUUUGUCAACGACACGCUCAUUUCGCCCUGCCAUCAGAAGGGAACGAGCACGUCCGGCGUUGCCACAUCUGUUCCCACUGUCUCGAUGACGAGAUUGGCUUCACAAGAAAUUAAAUCGAUUGAAAGCACUCAGAUGACGUCUCUUAUCGAAGCCAAUAGCGGGACAGCAUAAAAAGAAAGACGGCCCAGUCGGUGUUCCAGCAGGCCGUCAAUCAAACGCCAUGUAAAUGGAAACAUGUCGUUUUAGGACUGAAUUUAAUUGUGCUUUUUAAAAUUUUACUAAUACU